CCCCAUCUCCGCAUGGCGUCCUGCAGAAGUUUGGUCUGCUACCACUAAGGCUCAGUAUGGCCAGGCAGUGGUCUGAGGGCCACUCCACCUCCAUCUUGUGUGUCGGAGCUUCUUCGGGCCCCGAUGGUCUGCUCGCUUCAGGCUCCGAGGGCGCAGAAGUCACCGUGUGGAGCCAAGAGGGAAACAUCCUCAGCCGCCUCGCUCUCCCAGGCGACGAGGACGUCACAAGUGUUGUGUUCUCACCCGUGGCCCCCAGCCAGCUGUACGUGUCACACGGAGACACGGUGAGCGUGCUCGACCCCAGGAACCUGAAGGGCCCCGCGGAGACGUUUCAGGGUGCGGGGGAGGAGGAGAUCAAUGCCCUGGCGUUGAACGAGACGGGUUCGGCCCUGGCGGUGGCGGAUGACUCCGGGGCCGUGCGGGUGCUGGAGCUCCCGGCAGGGAAAGUGAGCAGGACUCUGCGCAGACACACGAAUAUCUGCUCCUCGGUGGCUUUCCGCCCCCACAGGCCCAACAACCUGGUUUCUGCUGGACUAGACAUGCAGGUGAUGCUGUGGGGGCUGCAGAAGACCCGCCCCCUGUGGACGCUCAACCUUCAGGAUGCGGCGGAGGAACAGGACGACCACCAGCAACGGCCCGGUCAGCUCUUCAAUCCCCCGCUGGCCCACUGCGUUUCUGUGGCAAGCUGCGGGAACGUUCUGGGAUGCGCCGCGGAGGACGGCCGGGUGCACCUCGUGCGCGUCGGCAGCGGCUCGAAGCUGGAGCAGCAGGGAGCUGUCAAAGCCCACGGCCAGGGAGCCUCACAGGCACACUUUGUGGGCUUCCUGUCCCACCCGUACUGGCUCGUCACCGGUGGGAAUGACAGCCAGGUGGCCCUGUGGGACGUCAGCAAGCACCCGGUGGUCGCUCCCGAGGGCAAAAAUCAAGUCGCAGCGCCCAAACGCAGGAAGGGUAAAAACAAGGCGAGGAAAAAAGAACAACCCCAGGACAAAGAAAAGACGAAACCGGGUGCUGACGCUGAGAAGGAAGAAGCAGAGGUUGACGGCGAAGCAGCUGGAGGUGCGGAGGAGGCGAUGGAGGAGAAGCCCGGCGCUAAACUGAGCAUUAGACACGGGGAUAAGGUGAACUGGCUGUGCCCCGCCAACCUGAAAGGAGAACCAAGUGUGCUGGUGGCAGAUCAGAGUUCCAGCCUGACAGUCUACUCCCUUUCUCCGCUUUAGGUUCAAGCACUUUACUCCUCAGCGGUUUCUCUGGUCACACUAAAACAUUUUAACUUGCCAAAUAUGAAAUUACAUUUUUUUUUAGAACGUAUUUGCUUGUUUCCACUGCUGAUUUCAUCAUUUGAAUGUUUUGCUGAAAUAAAGCUUGGAUUAACAUCGA